AUGACACGAGGUAGAAGAUGGUUUCAUCGAGAAAAACGGGAAUCUGCUGCUGGUGAGUGAUUUGAUGACUCUUUCUUUGAAUUUUAGGUAUCAAAAUGUGUAGAUUUAAUGAAAAUACGAUUGUAAAAUGUAAAUGAAAGUGUUAUGAUGAAUAUGACGGUUGAUUGCGUAAGCAACUUAUUGCUGUUAAAAGCAUGUUGUUUUAGACGUACUUAAUUCAUCAACUUCAUCGAAAGAAGAAAUUAUACCAGAACUUGAGCAUGCUUUUAAGAACUGGCCAGGAGCAGGCAGUAGUGACAAGCAAGUGUUUGAUUACUUGAAAAUGAUCAAGUAUUUGGUUGUUAAAACCGAUCCUGCGUUGUUGGAGCGAGAAGAUUUGGUGCUACCGUUCUACAAUAGGUAAAUUUUAUGUUUUUUUUAUUUUUAGGUUGAACGAUUAAAGGAAAACUAGUCGUUUUGAUAAUAAAUUGCUAAAUUAAAACAUUAUGAUGGUUAAUAUGAUGUUACAUGUAGUAAGAAAGCGAUUUUUCGAUGCGACAAUUUAUAUCAAGAGGGUUUAAUAUAAUGCGGGUGCAAUCAUUGUAAAAUUACUUGAAGAAAUAUUUUUUUAGAUUAUUUCAAACGAUGAAUAGUGAUGACUAUCGUAUCCGGACAGUAACAUAUGCUCUUCUUCGUAUAUUAACUUCAUCUGAACAUCGACUGUUAACUACAUUAAAACGGAUGGUUGAUAUUUUUGCUGUCAGGUAUGUCACUUUAAUUUUGGCAUAAUUUUACAUAAUAUUAAGUUGGGCUUUUGACCAUUCUUGUUUAUGACAUAGUAUACUGGAGUAUGUUUUGAAACAUGACAAAUACUUUUAGGUCUGCUGAUUUGGGUGAAGAAUAUGAAUGUCUGGAGGCAAUGAAGUUGUUGGGAAAGAUGAUCGACAUCUAUAGUAGUGGUGAUUUGAAGAAUGAGGACGAAAACGGGUUGUCGAACAUAUUGCCUAGUGUCAUCUUCCCCUACAAUGUGCUUAUGUGUUUUAAUAGUGUUGUUAUGAACUAUUACUACGAAGUAAACGAUGAACAAGUGAAAAUUUCAAAGUAAUUUAUAUUCUUUACCUUUUUACCUAUUUUAUUGUUUUUUUGAAGGUUAAAGUUAAUCUGUACUUAGAACUCUCAUAGUUGUAUAUUUAUUUUAGACAUGUCAAAAUAGCACUAGGGGUGUUACUCAAGAUCUCCAUUCUGAUCCCCGACAUGAUAGUCGAAAACCUGUCAACUGAUUGGAUAUCUCAUAUUAUUGGAUCGCCUUGUCUUAACAGCAAAGAGAACUGUGUAUUACUGUCGAGGGUAAUAUGCAAAUGGAUGGAAAAUCCAGAGCUACGUCUUCGAUCUGAUAUGAAGGGAUUGAUGGUGAAGAUAUUUGCUCCAAUGAUGGACUUCGGUUUUUUUCAUAAUGACGACCCGAACAGAGCUACUAAAAUAAGACAUCAAAUCACGGCCGAACGUGCUAUCAGUGCUUGUGGAUAUGUGUUGAAGGAGAUGUUGUCCACUUGGAGCGGGUUCUACGCUUUGUUUUGCUGCGAGAAGACUGAUGAAGACGAUACGAUGGAGACUCCGUUAACGUAUGUUUUGGACUAUUUUUUUGUUUUUAUGGAUUUUUUUUAUUUUUAUGUUUUUUUUUCACUUUCUUGUGCUAUUUUGCUGAACUUCUGUAGUUUGUAAUUUUUCAGGUUUCUGAAUUACCUCGGACAUGUCAAACCAAACGAAGAGUUGUAUCUACGACUGCUCGAGACUAUUGUAAACGUAGUUUGUGAAUUUAUGGACACAGCUUAUUCCAAAGUCGAAUUCAGCACUUGGAGCGAGGCGAUUGACUUUUACAGUAAUAUUUUUUUUAUUUUUAAAGAUUUUCGAAAAUUUUUGUAUUGUUAUGAUAUAAGUCAGUUUAAUUAAGACUCAGGAGCUUUCUUAAAAAAUUACAAAAGUUUUGGGCUCAGUCGGUGAUCGAAACCGGGGCCUCUCGCACCCAAAGCGAGAAUCAUACCACUAGACCACUGAGCCGCGACAAUCUUUAAGCAGAGUCGGAUAUACCCUAAAGGGAUUUGUUAAGAAUUACUUUUUAUUUGCGCAGAUGUUUUUUCUUAAUAUGUUUUACGCUGAAUUUUUUUGGAUUUUUGAAGCCGCUUCAGAAGAUAUCAGCGAUGAAAAGAAAAGAUGUCGCGGCUCAGUGGUCUAGUGGUAUGAUUCUCGCUUUGGGUGCGAGAGGCCCCGGUUUCGAUCACCGGCUGAGCCCAACUUUUAAAAAUUUUAUUUAGGGCUUUAAAGGUGAAAAAUGGUACGACUAGCAAAUAAAUGUAUUUUUGAUUUUAGUAGGAGAUUGAUGUUGCUUUUUUUAAUAAUUAUAUAACUUUUUUAGAGAAAAUUGAUGAGCCAGAUCAAUAUGACAGCGCCGUUCAUUCAGAAUUUGUUGUUGGCGAAAUGACACAGUUUUUAGAUAAAGGCUACGUGAGUUAACUUUAUAUUUUUAAUAUGUGUACAAUACGGACUUUGCUUUUUGUUUGUUAAAAGUUUGAAUGUGUUGAGUUUCAUAUUUUUUACUAAUGUUAACUAAUAAUAUUAUUUUACAAUUGUUAGGUAGAUCUGUCAAAGUCAAAUCCGUUAAUUUCAUGCAAAACCUUGGUGUCGUACAUUCUACUUUAUAACGGACUGGGACAAUGUUUGGCCAGAGUGAUCGGUUACUCACCGAACGAGUCUUUAAUGAUCAAGGCAACAUUACUUUUGUCUGAUUUGUUUAGGACGGUGAGUUGGGUGUUUAUGUUAUAGUUUAUUUAAUUUUAUUAACCUUUCCUAUCUUUUGACAAUUUAUAGACGGCCUUAUAUUUGCCAAAGGACUGGAAACUUGCUAUUAUGUCAACACCAACUUUGUUAAGCAAACUGACGAAGUUAGGAGCAGCACGUUGGAACGACGAAGAUGAAGAGUUGUAUCAGUAUGUUUUUGCGUAUUAUAGCAGAUUAACAUUGUUUGGUUUAUGAAAGUAGUAGUUGUUACAUGAAUUAAAAAUCUGGGUUAAUUUUUUAAAAUUUUAAACUUUUAUUGGAAGUUUAUUUUUGGUCGAAUUUAUACAACACUAUACUGGUAGAACCUUUCAGAGGAGCCUCGAUUCUCCUGGACCGUCUUGGUGAACUCGACAAGCUUUUGUUCGACCUGGAAGAACGUGACAAGAUAGCUGAUUACCCAUUUACUGACAUGUUUGUUCGAAAAAGAUGUCUUGGUGCAGUAAAUGUAGAGGAACAACAGAUGGGCUCGGUCAUUGAAAAGAUGUCAUAUGCUUUGGGAAACUAUGACAUUAACACUAAAAUAAAUUGGCAGAUGGUGGAGAUGAUUCUACAACAUUUUAUUGGAUCUGAUGUGUUGAAGGAGAAAUUUAUGGGAACUGAGCAGUGUCAUCAUUUUUUUGCUGAUGUAGGUUUUGACAAUAUUUGCUUAUUAAGGGAGAUUUAGGUAGCUUUAGUGAUACAAUAAGCAGUAUUGGUAGAUAUGAGGGCAGGUUUAUUUUGACGUACUUUUUUCUUUUCAAACAAGUUGAUAAGGUGAAUAUAAACCUUUUUUUUGUUAAUUUUGUCAUCGAUUAUGUCUAUAUUAUAGUUAUUAAACUACUUUGCCCCAAGUACGGAACGAGCAAUGAAAGUCGAGACUAAAGCACAAGCUGUAAGACAAUUUCGGGCCGGAAUGACAGUUUUGAAAGUUGUUUGUGAAUGGGCACAAUUCGAUUCUUACUAUGCCGAACGACUUCUGGCUUUCAUUGAUGAUUUCGUCAACGAACAGGACAAAUAUCAAGUGAGGGCUUUGGAUUUUAGAAAUUUAGGUUACUGCCAGAGUUCUCAGAUUUCAAAUUUCCACCUCCGGCUUCAGUUUCCGCUUUGCCUUUUUUUUUAAAUUUUAGCUCUGGCUUCCGCUCCGGAGCCCGUGGGAACUCUGGUUACUGUCAUUUUGUAUUUUUGUGAUUUAUGUCAUUACUUAAUUUUUAAAUGUCAUUACAUAACUAUAAUUUAGUGUGGAAAUGAGAAGUCAGCUUUUACGCGACAAAAAAUAUAUGGCCAUGCCGCUCUUUACUACGCAUUGAUUGGUAUCAUCCAAGACUCUGAGUUUGGAUACGUUGCACUUUUAAGGACCAAAUACUAUUUUUAG